AUGUUCUCGACACUAUCCCGCGGGAGCUCGAGGGUUAGACAGACAUACAUCUGUUCAGCAUGUCGCUGCAAUAUACUCGCGCACGCCAACCCUCAGCAACUCCAUCUGCUAGGUAAUGGCGCAACACUGGCCACGUUGAACGACUUUUCCACCUCUGCACCACAGCAGACGAAAGCCGACGAUGGCGAGUCCAGCACAGCCGAGCCUUCGAGCGGAGAGACCCUGAGUGAAAAGCAGGGGGGUUCGAAGAGACGCUCUUCGCGAACGCCACUUUCGAGAUCCAAAAGCACCUUGAGAGCACUGAGGGAGUCUUUGCUUGCUGAGGCCCUACCACCACCUCCGCCGCAGCGAAAGUCUUUGGCAACGAGGACGCUAGCAUCCAAAGCUUCCGUGAGGGUGAAAGGCGCGAAAUCACUGAAGCUGACCAAACCCCAAGCAUCUGACGAGAGCCAACUCUCGGAGACAUCGAAUGGCGCAGCAGAUUCGCCGACAGCACAGCAAGCUGCGGGUGAGGUUGGAGACAACGAUGAGGGCGAUGCUUCAGGGACAACGCGGAAGAAGAAGAAGAAGAAGAAUGCGACAGUGGCUCAGAGAAAAGAACCGUCGAAAAAGGGAAAGAAGGCACAAUCGAACAAGAACACCGAAGCUAAGGCUGAAGCAGCAGACGAAGCUCAUGACUCGGUAGGUAUCGAUCUGCCGGCGGACUCUUCAGCUGAGACUGGACCGGGAAAGCCGUCUAAGAAUGAAACAACAAAGACACUGAAGGCCAAAAAGCGUGCCUCGAAGCUCAUUUUGCAAAAUGAUCCUCCUAAGGCAAACUUAGCUUCAGAGGAAGUAGCUGAGCCUAGCAAAGCUUCACCGGGAGGACAUGCCAGGUCGUGGACCGUGAUCGGCGAGGAUGGUCGUAAGUUUAUUGUCAAGCUCCAGGAGGGUGACAAAAGACAGUCGGCAACAGGAAAGGCUGCAUCCGCAAAGCCGAUGGCGAAAGAACUGAAGUCAAAACCCAAGACGUCGAUGAAAGGUACUACGUCUGUCGAGGCUGCGGCAUUGGGAAAUUCAACCCGUUUGAAGAUCAAGAGGGUGAAAAGCAGAUCAGAGCACAUCGCAGGCACCAAGAGUACGGCGAAAUUCUUUGCUGACCAUCCAACAAUUCGUGCAAAACUGAAGGACAUACCACAUAAUGCUGAUGCUACAGUCCUACGAAAUCGUCUCAAGGAACUGCUACAAAGCGAUCAGUUGUCAGAAGCGGAAAGAUUGCCUGCCUUACGUAAACUUAUAUCCCUUCGAAUACUUGGCAGAAUAGCACCUGGCCCUCGUUCUCGUCUAGGCAGACCAUUGAGCAAUAGGAAGAUUGAGACGACUCGUUCACUUCGCGUUAAACAAGGCGUGGAUAAAAAGGACUCAGUCUCUGUUAGGAGGACACUGCGAGGUACUACAGCUCACGAAAUCGACACUGUUGAUGCAAGCAAUCUACAACUAGUGCCACUCGAUACUGGGCCACUUCAAGUACCUCAGCUAUCAUAUGGCUUGGAAAGAGUUCUUUUCAACCCAGGUGUAUACCAGCUACAAGACCCUCGAUCACGGGUGUACAACUUCGAUCCUUAUUUGCAGACCAUUAUGCCUGUCAGCGAAUUCGACUUCAACGCGCUCAAAGAGUAUAUUACCUCGUCUCGGGACAAAGUUCUUUUGUCCAAAGCUAUUGCAGAGAAGAAAAAAUACACCGGGUCUACUUCGAGCAUGACUUCCGCCCUCGCCCAUUUCCACUUUCUUCUUUCUCAAUGGCGAGAGAUAACGGUCAGCAACUUGUCAAAGAUGUUUCCUGCCGAGUACGAUACUUUUACAGCCAUACAGCGCGCCCCGGUCUCAAUCUUCCUACGCUGGAGGGAUGGUGCGUACGCUAUUGACGCAGACAAGCAAUACGACAAUGCAAAUAUUCUGAUGAGCCUGGGGAAAUCCAUGGAGAAGCUUCUAACUCUUCCCACUGAAGACUUUGAGAAGUAUAGAAGGUCAAACUCUGAUCAGAUAACCGAAGAAGAGCGCAAUGCAUCUGAGGAAUUUCAUUACACCGGGAUUGGCGACUUCCUCCUGAGGUCACAACUCGAUGCUUAUGAUUCGCGUCUGCCUGGGACUGGAAUGUUUGAUCUGAAAACCAGAGCUGUGAUCUCAGUCAGAAUGGAUACAGAGGCCUACGAGGAUGGAAGAGGCUAUGAGAUUCGAGGUCAACAUGGUGCAUGGGAGUCAUUCGAACGUGAAUACUACGAUAUGAUUCGGUCCGCUUUUCUAAAGUACUCCUUGCAGGUUAGAAUGGGUCGCAUGGACGGCAUCUUCGUUGCUUAUCAUAACACCGCGAGGAUUUUCGGUUUCCAAUACAUUAGUCUGCCCGAGAUGGACUUUGCCCUUCAUGGGACUACUGAUACCACACUCGGAGACCAGGAAUUCAAGCUAAGUCUGGAUCUGCUCAACCGAGUUCUGGAUCGUGCUACUGCCAAGUACCCAGAACAAUCUCUCCGCAUCGUCAUCGAGACUAAACGGACGGUGACACCUCAGACGUACAUUUUCGCCGAACCCUUCGCAGAAGAUUUUAUUGAGAAGAUUCAAAAGUCAGGCAAAGCCAAAAUCGAAAAGUUUGAAAAGGCGGUUCUUGGCCUGGUCACCAAAGAGUACAGUGAAGAGGACCAGGAAAAGGAACUGGCAAAGAUCCAAGACCACGUAGAAGCAGGUGUUGAGGGUGGUGAAGCUGGGAACGAAGCUCUUCCGGCAACCGGUGAUGCAUCUGAACUGAAAUCUGGUCGUAACCGUGCAGAUGAGAACGGCGACCUCGCCCAAGACGAAGAUGUUUCGGACGCAGAGGACCUGUCAGAGGAUGCAAGAGAGCUGGCCGAUGUAGUCUCCGCUACGUUGGCGGAAGGUCAGGUUGUUGAAGAUGAAGUGGAUGAAGCCGUUGACGAAGAGUCUUCCGACGAUACAAAAGAAGUCGAUUUGGAGCAGUCUUCUGUUGAAGGAAGUGAAGAUGCUUCAGAGACUGGUUUGGAAGAUGCAGAUAACCACGAGACUGCUGAACCUGACGAGACUGCGGAGCCUGACGAGACUGCUGAGCCUGACGAGACUGCUGAACCUGAAGAGAGUGUUGAUGUUGAGGUUUCGCAGCCAGUUGUAGCCAACAAGAAUGCUGUGCCUAGGGACAUGAUAGCUAUGGUCCUGACAAUCCGGAACAAAGUCAACGGCAAAGAUAAACUUCGCCCCGAAAGACUCAAGUCCGAAGACACAUGGGAAGUCGAGCACACGCUUUCCGAGGUCGAGGAUCCCGAGGAGAUUGCUUCGCUUUACGAGGCGACUCUUCGUCGUCGUGAGCGCGCGCAUAACAAGACUAUUGAUUUGAAUAAGGAGUCAUUCAACAAUAUCUAUCUGCAGAGGAUCAAGGACAUGAAUCGGCGUGGUCGCAAGUGGAGAGAGCAGCAGAGUGAGUUGGAUAAGACUCAGCCGGUGAAAGUGCUGAAUGUAAAUGAUGGGAAGAACAAGACGGGUUUGUGGGCACAGGAGGAAGAGAAAGAUGACAGCCAGCAGUAG